GGGUGUUUUGCCUGUAAGUAUGUCUCUUCAUUCUGUGCAUGCAAUGCUCAAGGAGGCCAGAAGAGGGCAGUGGAUUCCCUUGGAAAAUUACAGCUGCUCCUUGGGUUCUGGAAACUCCAUCCUGGAUCUUCUGGGGGAGUGCCAGUGCUCUCAAUGCUGAGCCACCUUUCCAGCCCCAAGGCCUUGAUAUCUUUAUCAUGGACAGGGGUGUAGCUAUUUCCUCAGGAUCGAAACAUCCCUCCAAAGCUCAGGAAGUAAACAAAACUUUCGAGUCUCAGGAAGCUCCUAAAACAAUAUUCACAAGGUGCCUCCCUGAAGGUACAGAAUCGGAAAGGAUUUGUGGGGAGAGGAGAACUGUUGAUCUGCUGAGCUGCCUGCAAGCAGGGCAAGGUGUGCUGAGGUGAGGAUGACCCGGCCCCUGGAGCAGGCAGUAGCUGCCAUCGUGUGUACCUUCCAGGAGUAUGCAGGGCGCUGUGGUGACAAAUACAAGAUCUGCCAGUCGGAGCUCAAGGAGCUGUUGCAGAAGGAGCUGCCCACCUGGACCCCGAGUGAGUUCCGGGAGUGUGACUACAAUAAAUUCAUGAGUGUUCUGGAUACUAACAAGGACUGCGAGGUGGACUUUGGGGAGUACGUGCGCUCACUUGCCAGCCUCUGUCUCUACUGCCACGAGUACUUCAAAGAGUGCCCCCCUGAGCCCCCUUGUCCCCAGUAGCCUCUGGUCCAAAGGCGUAUGCUAUCCCAGAAGGGCCAGGUCUGCUUUAGUGCUCCAUUUUUAUCCCUGAGUUGGUCCUACUCUCUCAGUGUUACCCCUUUCGAUCUAGGCUUGUCAGUCCCUGAGAUGCUAACCCCAGCUACCCACAAGCUUUAGAGGCUUGUCUAGCUGGUGAGGGGUGGAAUAGUCUUUGCUGCUUCUCUUCUUGGAAGGGAAGAACAUCUCUGCUCUUACCUGGAAGCUCAGGCAUGUGCACACAGUUGGGACUGCUGUGGCAGGGGCCUCCUCAACUCCCAAUAAAGAAAUGUCAUCUUGGC